UAGAAGUUUGGUCCUCGUCGGCCACCGUAUGAUGUCGUGGCGUUAGUGACAGUGGCAGAGCAACGGUUUCCUUCCAUUUCCAACCUUGUUCAGUGACCACCUUUUGUUUAAAACUUCAUAGGCAUAUUGGCAAGUAUUAAUUUCAGAGGGUCGAAAUGAGGCGCGCCGGACUGGGUGAAGGAAGCUCUGGACAUUAUGGAGGCAGCGGCUACAGCGUGUAUGAGGACGAAAAUGAGCAGCUUCAGGAGGGACUGAGGGCUAAAGUGGGCGCCCUGAAAAGUUUGACGAUAGACAUUGGAGCUGAAGUGAAGUACCAGAAUAAAAUGUUGGAAGAUAUGGACUCCGACUUUGACUCGACAGGCGGGCUGCUGGGGGCGACUAUCGGCCGAGUCAAACAGCUGUCCAGAGGCAGCCAGACCAAACUGCUGUGCUACAUGCUGCUCUUUUGCUUUUUUGUCUUCUUUGUUCUUUACUGGUAUAUUAAGUUGAGGUGAUAAGGG